GGUUGGGAUGAGUACGGAGUAGUGGCCGUUGGUUGGGAUGAGUACGGAGUAGUGGCCGUUGGUUGGGAUGAGUACGGAGUAGUGGCCGUUGGUUGGGAUGAGGAGUACGGAGUAGUGGCCGUUGGUUGGGAUGAGUACGGAGUAGUGGCCGUUGGUUGGGAUGAGUACGGAGUAGUGGCCGUUGGUUGGGAUGAGUACGGAGUAGUGGCCGUUGGUUGGGAUGAGUACGGAGUAGUGGCCGUUGGUUGGGAUGAGUACGGAGUAGUGGCCGUUGGUUGGGAUGAGUACGGAGUAGUGGCCGUUGGUUGGGAUGAGUACGGAGUAGUGACCGUUGGUUGGGAUGAGUACGGAGUAGUGGCCGUUGGUUGGGAUGAGUACGGAUGGCCGUUGGUUGGGAUGAGUACGGAGUAGUGGCCGUUGGUUGGGAUGAGUACGGAGUAGUGGCCGUUGGUUGGGAUGAGUACGGAGUAGUGGCCAUUGGUUGGGAU